AUGCAAAACCUUCGCACCUCAUCAUCUUCCUCCAUACAAAAUCCAGAACCAAGCUCCUCCACAAACGCCGUCGUAUCAGAAACAUCUCUGAAACAAAAGAAAGACGAUCCAACAUCAGAAAAAGCUACGAACAUGUCCACCAUGGGUAAGCCCAGGGGUCGCCCUCUAGGCUCCAAGAACAAGCCCAAACCAGCAUCGGUCAGGAGCCGAGACACCCAUAAUCUUAUCGAAAGUCACAUGAUCGAGAUAGCAAGUGGAACAGACAUCAUCGAUAACUUGGUCCAGUUUGCUCGAAGGAAAAAACGAGGUUUUUGUGUUCUGAGCGCCAUUGGGAGCAUUAGGAAUGUGACUCUCCAGCAGUCGUUGAUCCCUGACACCAUCAUGACACUGGAAGGUCAGUUGCAGAUACUAUCGUUGAAAGGUUCGUUUUUGCCCGGAGCAACACCGCCUACGUUGUCGGUUUAUCUGGCCGGUGCUAAGGGACAAGUUGUCGGAGGCAAAGUGGUAGGUCCGUUGGUGGCAUCAGGAAGAGUUUUCAUUGUUUUGGCUGCGUUUUCUAAUGCUGCAUUUGACAGAUUACCCUUUGUGCUUGAGGGUGGCGAAGAGGCUUCAUCCUCUAAUCAUCAACAUCAUAACAAUUUUUGUCCUUCAAAUCUGCCAUAG